AUGGCACAGCUGCCCCAAAACCUGACUCCCAAACGCCUCAUUCAGAUUCUCAAAUCGGAAAAGAAUCUCAGCUCCGCCCUCAGCUUGUUCUACUCUUCCGGAGGCCACCCCAAUUACAACCACUCCCCGGCAGUCUUUGACCACAUCCUCCGCCGCCUCUCCGCCUCCGGCGACCUUAAACUCAUCCCCGACGUCACCCGCAUUGUCGAACUCAUCCGAGCCCAGAAAUGCCCCUGUACGGAGAGCACGGCUUUAGCAGUCUUGAAAAUUUACUCUCGGGUUUCCAUGGCGGAGAGAGCCAUGGAGAUUUUCCAGAAAAUGAAGGAGAUUUUCGGGUGCGAACCCGGGGUAAGGUCUUAUAAUUGUCUUCUGAACGCGUUUGUGGUCUCGAAUCAGCUGAGUAAGGCCGAGCUUUUCUUCAGGCAUUUCCGGACUAUGGGCGUGUCUCCGAAUCUCGAGACGUUUAAUAUAUUGAUCAGGGUCGCGUGUCGUAAGAGGGAUUUCGACAGCGCGCGUGAGCUGGUGGAUGGUAUUUGGGGACAGGGAUUGGCUCCGGAUGUUUAUAGUUAUGGCACUCUGAUAAAUGGGCUGGCGAAAGUUGGAAAAUUGAAGGAAGCCGUGAAGGUGUUUGAUGAUAUGCUGGAGAGACGCGUGAGGCCAGAUGUUACGUGUUAUAACAUUUUAAUCGAUGGGUUUUUCAAGAAAGAUGAUUAUAAGGCGGCCUAUGGGAUUUGGAGGAGGUUGAUAGAGGAUUCGUGGGUUUAUCCGAGCGUUGUCACGUACAAUGUUUUCAUCAGUGGCCUGUGCAGGUGCGGAAGGUUUAGUGAGGCCCUGGAAUUUCGGGACCGGAUGAGGAAGAACGAGCAGAAAAUGGAUUUGUUCACGUACAGUGCUUUGAUUCAUGGGUUAUGCUGCUCAGGGGAUAUUGAAGGGGCGGAGAGGAUUUUGAAGGAGAUGGAUGAAUCUAAUGUGUCACCUGAUACUGCUGUGUAUAAUGCUAUGUUGUAUGGUUAUUUCAAGGAUGGGAGAACUAAUAACUGUUUUGAGCUGUGGGAACAGAUGGGAAGGAAGGGUAGUCGAAAUAUCAGUAGUUUUAAUAUAAUGAUGAAAGGGCUUCUCGAUAAUGGUAGGGUUGAUGAAGUAAUUUCCAUCUGGGAGCUUAUGAAGGAGAAAGGUUUUGCUGCUGACUCCACAACUUAUGGAAUUUUAGUUGAUGGGUUUUGUAAAAAUGGACAUUUUGACAUGAGUUUACAUGUAUUAGAGAAUGCUGAGGGGAAAGGUGUUUUCGAUGCUUAUGUAUAUUCAUCAAUAAUUAAUGGGCUGUGUAAAGAAGCAAAGUUGGAUGAGGCACUUUCUGUGCUGAAUGGUAUGGCUAAAAAUGGGUGUAAGCCAAAUGCUCCUGUUUAUAAUGCUUUAAUCAAUGGCUUUGUAGGUGCUUCUAGAUUUGAGGAUGCAUUUAGGACUUUUCGUGAAAUGCAAAGUAUGCAUUGUUCCCCUUCCAUCGUGACCUACAAUACUCUGAUUAAUGGAUUGUGCAAAAAUGAAAGGUUUGCUGAAGCCUAUGACCUUGUGAAGGAAAUGCUUGAGAAAGGAUUGAAGCCAGACUUAGUUACUUAUAGUGUGUUGAUAAAAGGUCUCUUCUUGGGUCAUAAAGUACACUUGGCUCUUAACUUGUGGAAUGAGGUAAUCAGCAAAGGCAUCAAACCUGAUGUUUGGAUGCAUAACAUAAUGAUUCACGGUUUGUGUUCUUUUGGCAAAACUCGAUUUGCUCUGUCCCUAUAUUUGGACAUGAAUCGCUGGGACUGUGCUCCGUGUCUUGUUACCCACAAUACCCUUAUGGAAGGAUUUUACAAAGAUAAUGACUUGCAGAAUGCAUUGGUGAUUUGGGCUCGGAUACUAAGAUUUGGGAUACAGCCGGAUAUUGUUUCCUAUAAUAUUACUCUUAAAGGUCUUUGUUCUUGCAAUAGAAUAUCGGACGCAGUUGUGUUCUUACAGAAUGCCUUGACGAAUAAAAUUGUCCCAACUAGAGUUACGUGGAAUAUACUCGUGAGAGCUGUUAUUCAGGUGGGAGGGCCAAAAUGA